UACCCCCGAACUCUAUGAUGGACCGUGUAUGUACUUUGAGUAUGUGGUUACCCGUCAUUCUCACAGGGCUACAUACAGCCGCUGCCGAAUUUUUCAGGAUUGAUCCUUUCCGGCAGGUCAUUGAUUUCUCCACCUACUACGUCACGCUGUCCAACGCAUCGGCAAGUACCAUUUCCUGUGCCUUGCUGUGCGUCCUGACGUUCGGACAAUGUCCUUACUACAUAUACGACGCCCGAACAUCUGCAUGUUACGGUCGGAAAGACAGUAUAGUGUACAACAACGCUCCUGGACAACUUAUUGUAAUGAUGAACAAAAUGGUCGAAGUAGAGAACCGGCUAAAAGAGUUUAAAUCCUGUGUCAUUGAGAAAUCUGGAUUCCUCGUGGGCACAUCCUCCUGUGUACAUAUCGGCAAAUCGACUAUGAUAUUUUCGCUCGCGGAGGCUUACUGUACGUCAAACUGGUUCGGAGGACGUAUCUUUGAACCGAGGUCUGAUACGUAUAGGCUUCCUAUGCUGGAGGCUGGAUUCAAUGAUAACGGCAACAACUUCUGGAUCGGUCUUGGUUAUAAGCCAUCUGAUCAUGUGUACCGCUGGAACAGUGAUGGACAGGAGGCCCUCUACACAGACUGGUGUAUCUCUCCUUGCUAUGAUUCCCCGCAACAACCAGAUCAUCCGGAAUCAGAGUUUUGCGCCUCUAUCGGGUACUUCAAGUCCGUUGCUUUUGGAUGGUGGGACCGUGACUGCGGUUCGAAACACCGACCAAUGUGUGAGAUUUUUGUGUGAUUAAUACUUUCACAUUUAAUCUUGAAAAAGUUUGACUUAUUCAGGUUACUGAUUUAUUUCCAGUUUAAUUUGACACCGGAAAAUGGUAAUACUUUGAUAUCUGACAUUUAUUUGUAUAUCUGCAGCAAAAAAAUCCCUUGACGACAUAAGUUAUAUUUAGUGGACAAUUUGAAAAUAUUCUCAGUUGGAACAAUGACUUUACAUUAUAUGACACUGCUAACAUGUAUUAGAU